GUGCCCCGUGCCCCUGCAAUUCUGGGACUUUCCAGGACCUCUGUUCCAAUUUGCAACAACCAGCCAGGACCUGUGAAAUCCAGGACUGUCCUGGCCAAAUCGGGACAUAUAGUCGCCCAAGUCAUAGGCUUCAUUUAAUCCUGCCAAUCUGGGACUUGCUGCUUCAGGGUGUCAGCUUUAGAAAAUGCCAAAUUGCCCUCCGUAAACAGCUCAGUGCAACGGAUCCCCCAUGUCAGGAGAAGGAGACCGUGGGAAGAUGAGUGCCCUUUUGGAAGAAAAAGAGCAGCAGGAGAGACUGAGAGAAGCAGCUGCAGUGGGGGACUUCGAGGAGGUCCAAAGGCUGGUGUCCCUUGGCGUGGAUGUCAACUCCCAGAAUGAGAUCAACGGCUGGACUUGUUUGCACUGGGCUUGCAAACGAAAUCACGCUCAAGUGGUGUCUUAUUUACUAGACUCUGGGGCUGAUAAGGAGAGUCUUACCAGGAAAGGAGAAAGGCCAUUCCAGUUAACUUCAAAGAGAGAGAUUAAGAAGAUGAUGGGAGUGGGGGACGAUGAACUUCCAGAUUUGAAGAAAGAUUCAGAGUUGCCCAUUGUCCCUAAUUACCUAGCCAAUCCACCUUUCCCUUAUGUGUAUAACACCAUGAGUAACAAUAUUCCAGACCCCUCUACUUGCUCCCUGAAUGGAAGUUUCUCCUCGUCCCUGGAAUCGCAAGAUGCCGACUGUUCUGCACUGCAUCACAAUGAAGCUUGCCCAUCUCCACCGCUACAGCAUGAAAAUACUGUCUCGGCAGUGGCUGAUAAGGAAGAAGAGCCAACAUCAACGGGAGUCUUUUCCAUGCCAGAAUGCCCGAAGCCUGUAGUCCAGAACGGUCCGCUUUGCCAGACAUCUGUGCCUCCGAGCAGAACCUCCCCUUCUUCAGCUGCACCUAAACAGUCUGCAUCCCAGCAACAGAAUGGCUAUUCUUCAGGGCCUAUACCGCCAUUUCAGCCACUUUUUUUAACAGGAUCUUUCCCGUUUAAUAUGCAAGAACUCGUGCUGAAGGUGAGAAUUCAGAAUCUUACCCUUCGAGAAAACGAUUUCAUUGAAAUUGAACUGGAUAGACAAGAGCUGACCUAUAAGGAACUGCUCAGAGUGAGUUGCUGUGAACUGGGUGUUAAUCCAGAACACGUAGAGAAGAUCAGAAAAUUACCAAAUACAGUAUUAAGAAAGGACAAAGACGUUGCAAGGCUUCAGGAUUUCCAAGAACUGGAGCUGGUCCUGACAAUAGGGGACAAAAACUUUCUAUGCAGAAAUGGUGCAUCAACUCUGACCGAAAGGCCUUGUUAUAACAAGAAAGCAUCAGAGCUGACUUAUUAACUGUUUAAAGAGGCAUAACACAAAUAAAUUUGUAUCUUUUAUUUUAAAGCAAUGGAUUCUGUGUUUAACCAUAGUAUCUGUACCUGGUAAGGGCUAAAACCUGAACAAAAUCUAUUUUGUUACCUUUUGAGAUAAAGUUAACAUCUUAUGCACAGUUAAUCUAAAACUGACGUACAAGGGAGUAACUUCUGACAUAAAAGUUCGCUUCUGAAAAGAAAGCAAUGGCAGAAUUAGUCUGUUUAUGCAGCAAUCCGUUCCUUAUUAGAGAAUAAUCCCUUAUGUGAAACACUGUAGAGUUAGAAGCUCUCAGGGAAAAGCUUAAAUUAGACUGAUCUAAUAGUUGCUUGCUAUAAAUAGCAGAAGCACUUAUGCUAAAGGACAGAAGGUAAAAUACAUCUAAUGUUUGUACUGAGGUACUUACAUAAUGUGCGCAGACUUCCUAUUGCCACUAAUGUGAACUACUUCUGUCUAGGGGGGGAAAAAAUCAAUCAGUCCCUUUUUCAGGGGUGUUAAAAUGGAAGGAUUUAAAUCUGGGAAAGAAGCACAAAACUCUUUUUGUUCAAUUUAAGUAUAAUUAAGUGAUUAAUCAGCUGUGAUUUCUCAGGUUGAAAAAAAAAACACAAAACAAAAAAGAAUAGUUGUUAAAUAGUAGUAAAUGCGCUAACUGACCAAAAUAGCUAGGACUUUUUUAAUCUCAAUUGCUUGUCAAUACACAGUAGUGAAAAGAUGACUUUUUGUUAUCCAACAUUAUUUGUUGCUUUGUUGGCAAGAAGUUUCUCUAAUACUGCUUUACAAUGGCAAUUAUUUUUCACUCCGGGGGGGGAAAAUAAAUUCUGUGUCUGAUUUCCAUGCGAGUAAGGAGCACAAAUAUUGCAGUUUAAUUUUCUCAAGUCAGACUUCCCUGAUAAAUAUUCAAAGCUAUACAUUUCCUGUGCAAAUGGAAACCAGUAAAAUAAGUGGCAUCUUAAAAACUGGGAUGACAUUCAAAUCCAGGGAUUCAGAGGCUUUUCCUUUUUGAAUGAUUUGUAUUUACCUGUUUUGUUUCCCUUUCUCCCAUGGUAACCAUUCCCAGUCCUGUUAACGUGAAUUCAGUGUUAGGCUACUCUGCUAUAAAAUCCUGAAAUAAAUAAAUAGAAAAAACAGUAAAGACAGGCUUGCUGGAAUUUUGUCUAGUUUACAGGAUUUUUUUUUAUUAGCAAACUCUUCUUAAUGAGAAGAAAAAUACUGGUACGUGCUGUGAAUUGGUUGAACACUAGAUAAGAGAGAAGAUGUAUUUGACUUGUCAGACUUCCCACUGUUUUUCUCCUUAACUUUUUUGGAAACUCUUGGCACUAAGCACUGGAUCCACAGAAGAACCUAGGUGUCCUACCAUCCAGUGGAACCCGCAGCCCCAGUUCAGUGGCUAAGUUCCUCUGUGCCGUGCAUAUGGAAACAUUAGCUUCUUAAGUCCUUUUGUGGACCUAACCAUAACUUCCUAACUCUGUAAAUUAACUGAAUUCAAACUCUUUCCUUUAGCUGAGAGUCUCUAACAAGAAAAAUGGCAGUAAAAUUGUUAUAGUCUCUUUUUACAGCAGGAUCCAAUGGCUAUCCUAUUUUUUAAACUAAUUUAUUGGUGUUGUAUUAACUACUAUAGAAUGGAAGCAUAUAUAUUGGAACAAUUUCUCAUUACACUAUUAACGACCUGUGGCAUUUACACUGGCUUAGACCUAUCUUAGGUCUUAGCCAGUCCGUGAAUAAAGGCACAAUACUCUUAUGUAUAACAUGGUAGGAUUUACUAGUAAAAUGAUCAGCCAUUUAAUUGACUGAUUUCAUUGGUAUAUUGAUGAUGUUGCACAGUUGCUAAUAGCUAUCUAUGCAUUCAGAGGAAUAUUUUUAUACUUUAUACCAUAUAGAAUUUAUAACUGACAAUAUCAUCUUUGCUAGCUGAAUUAAUCAAGUAACUGUAUAACAUUCACACUAUUGUAUCUGAUCGAGGAUUCAUGUACUUUGUGCAUUACUAUGUGAAAACUAUGUUAACAUUAAAUGAGUUGCUUGGCUGUAGACUCUUGUUUCUAUUUAAGAUGCAUUCUUUUUAUAAUUAAUAAAUGAUUAUUUUUGGUCUU